GAGUCGUACGGUUCAGUACGGAUCGGUGUGUCGGUUCUUUCUGCGCGGAUUCGUCGUCGAGGCAGUGUUUUGUUUUGUUCUUAUUGGAAGCAGAGGGUGGUGGUGGUAACACAGCAUGGAAUGGAAAAUUGAAAACUAAACAGAAUUUCCCAUCGCGAUUGAGAUUGCAAUUACCCCGUGCGUAGCCAAGCGAUAAAUUAGGCCAAGAGGAGGGUUCCAAGCGGUGCAGCCAUGUCGGGCAGACGAGCCCAAUCACUGCCGCCGCACAUGUUGGAGCCGGCAAAACCCGAACGCGGACGCUGUGUGACGGCCAUCUGUUUGUCAUGGAAGAUCAUCACCUGCAUUGUGUCGCAUGUGCUGCUCGUCCUUCUGGUGGUCUCCUACUGUGUGGGUGGGGCGUAUCUCUUUCAGCAUUUGGAGCGACCACACGAAUUGGAGGUCAAGCGCGACAUUCAGAAUCUUCGCUUCAAUCUCACGGAGAACAUUUGGCUUCUGUCGGACGAUGCUUUGGUCCUGAGGGAAAGCGACUGGAUGGCGAAUGUGAGCAAACAUUUGGCCAAUUUCGAGAAGCAAAUUCUCACGGCCAUCAAGGCGGAUGGCUGGGAUGGGGAUGAGGAUCUGCGCAAGUCGCAAUGGACCUUUGCCGGCUCCCUCUUCUACUCGAUCAUUGUGAUCACAACGAUAGGCUAUGGCCACAUAUCACCGCGCACCGACUGGGGCAAGGUGACAACGAUUUUCUAUGCCAUCGUUGGCAUCCCCCUGAUGCUCAUCUGCCUGUCAAACAUUGGGGAUGUGAUGGCCACGUCAUUCCGUUUCCUCUACUGGCGCAUCUGCUGCUAUGUGUGCACGCGUACAGCCAAGCGGCCGCGGAAUGCCCGCUCCAGGCAGCGUUCGGUAAGGGGACAGCGGCAAGCCCGCUCCCAGCCGCCGCCCUCGUUCCGGCGAUCCAUGAAGAUGACACAGCGUUCGGGCAAUGACUCCGGGUUUGGUCCCUCCAUGGGACAUGCCCAAUCCGAUCCAGAACUGCGAACCGUGGGGCGAGGUGGCGGCUACGAUGAUCGCGAGUUUGGCCACCGGAGCAGUGGAGGACGCAAUCGGUACCAGCAGCAGCAUCAGCACCAGCACCAGCAGAAUGCGGCACAGCCCCGCCAGCAGCGGCACACCAUCUACGGGGAUGAGUACGAGAUGCAGACGCAGACCCUGAAUCGUGGCAAUCGCUACAGCAGCCGCCAGAGGCAGAGGGAUCGGAUGCGGGAUCGCCACACGGUGGAGCGGGAACGCUAUCGGCACGAUUUUGAUGCGGGAUCCAUGGAGGAUUUCAGUGAUCUGCAGCCGCCAGCAAAGAGAGCCGCCAGCGUCCGUUCUGUCCGCUCGCCACAUCAUCAGGAGUCCAAGGCAUCGCGCGAGCUGCAUCGCCUGCACUCCGCUCCAGGACGCGGGGCGCGGGCCAAGUCCGUGGAUCCGCGGCAUGUCUCCUCGCAGCACUACGAAGACGUUGAUGAGGAUGUGGUGCGCAAGACUCCGAUUAUACCCAAUCGAUAUGCUUUGGAUGACUUCGGAGGCGGAGGAGGCCACCAGCGGGCGAGGCAUGCGACUCCACGGAGUCAAUCAAUGCCCCGAUCUGCCCACCAGCGGCAGCGACAGAGGGAUCGCGAAAGGGAACGCUCUCCACAGCCUCCGCGGAACGCAGGACGACGCGCUGGCAGCCUGGGACGCCAAUCCUCACGCUACGGCAAUCAUUUGGAGCUGCCCGACUACGAUGCUCCGCCACCGGGCUCUUCCAGGGAGCAUCGCAGGGAGCGGCGUGGCCGCUCACCGCGCAACUACGAGGAUUAUGUGGAGGAGAGCUUCGAUGAGGGGUCCCUUUUGGAUGGCGGCCACUACGAGGACUAUCCGCCCGUUCAGAGCAAGUCGAGGAGUCGCGAACCCCGACGCAAUCAUCGUCGCAGAGAGCGUGCCGAGCGUCUGCCCCCCUCGCCACGUAUCAUGUCACCCAUGGGUUUCCCUGUCCAGCGGCAGAUCCGCCGUCGUCCCAGCUACGAAUACGAUGAGGAUGACUCCAUGUAUGGGGAGGAUUACGGUGACUAUGGUGAUCUCCUGCCCAAGGAUCGUCCCGUGCCCAUCUGGCUGUGCGUUUUCCUGGUCGUCAGCUACAUCCUGGGAGGCGCCGCUCUGUUUGCCCACUGGGAGAACUGGUCCUUCCUGGACUCCGCAUACUUCUGCUUCAUCACGCUGACAACAAUUGGAUUUGGUGACUUUGUGCCUGCCAAGGGCGUCAAGGAUGAGUCGGAGCAGUCCAUUGCCUAUUGCUCGUUGUAUCUGCUCUUUGGCAUCGCCCUCUUGGCCAUGAGCUUUAAUUUGGUCCAGGAGGAGUUCAUAGCGAAUGUCAAGGAGGUGGCACGUCGUCUGGGCAUACUCAAAGAUGAUGAUGAGGAUCGCGAUGAGGAUUAGUUGGGUUUACUCUGACAAGCUAAGUAUUUUUAGCACUACGGAAUGUGCCUAGGAAUCCUUAACUGCAGUCGAAUUCUUUCUAUUCACUUUUAAAGCAAGAAAUGAUUCGAAUGUCUCGAAACAUUUGAAGACUUCGUUUCCAAAAUGUUUCCUUUGUCUGUAGAUUCAUGCAGUACUAUAAUUUACACACUUUUCAUAGCAAUGUGUACACUCUUCUUAGGAUAUAUCUCCUAUAUCUUUGAUUAGAGCUUAAAUUAAAUAUCAUGAAGUUUCCUCAGUGCCAGAGCAAUACUCAAAGCAAAUACUCAAUUCAGUUCAAUUAAAACCCCAAAGAUCGUAAACAAUAAGUUUCUUUAAAUUUACACACGUUUUGCUACAAAUAUUGAAAUUAAAGUAAAUACCUCAAGGGGUUUGAUACAUUUUACAUAUGAUUAAGCUUAAACUUACAAGCAAAACACACUUCAUUCUGGAAAUUUGCAUUGAAACCUAAACAAAUAAGCUUCCUUCAACCUCAAAUUGAACUCUCAAGGUCGCAAACAAGACGUUUCCAUCAUCAGUUUGCACAAAUUUUUUUUUAGCGAAUAUUUGAGUGUAAAGUGGUAUACCCAAGGUCCAUAGCAAGGGGUUUGCUUAUCAUUAAGUUUAUUUAAUUAUAUAAUUGUGCAAUAUACAGGAAUAAAACGAGACCCUCCAGUGGA